AAAAAUAUUAACAACUCAUAAUCGCACUCCCCGGCCUGUCGAAAUCCAUGGUUCCGUAGUAUGAAAUUCGCCUCGCCUUCUUCAUUAUUCUCGUCAAAAAAGGUGUGCUCAAUCAACCCAGCAUUUAGUGAAACACUGCGAUAAAAUGAGUUGUCGUUAUAAAGCCCCUAUUUACAUUGUAAUUUGUGUGGAAAAACCUGACACUCUGACUAUCAUUUUGCUACAGAUCAUUCAUUGUCCACUUUAAUUGCUGGGAUUAUUCGCGUACCCGAGGCUUUGCAUACGCCAUGGACGGAACCUACGCAAAUUCAACGAAGGCAAACGGGUCCGAUUCCGGACCAUCGAUUUCGACCAUGCUGGGCGUGAUUGCUGCGGUCGUACUGGCCGUGGUGGCCCUAAUGGCCCUUGGCCCAUGCAUAUUGAAUCGGAGAAGACAACACCCAGGAGCACAGGUGGAUAUUGAGAGUCGGGAAGACGCCCCAAACGGUACAAUUGGUCUCCAAACUCUCGACUCCACAAGUCCAACCCAAAACUACAAAUUUCCCCAGGCGUCCAAAUCGCGGUCAUCCUUGGCUUCGCACACAUCCAAUUCGUUAGAACUCUGGUACGUUCUUGAUUUUUUCUUUUUUCACUUUUAACUGCCAACUACUUAAAUUACUUAGUGCGAUAUGUCUCGAAAUCUUUGAGGGUUUGGAUACCGUUCGACGAUUGAAAUGCGAGCAUGUCUAUCACAGACAAUGCAUUGACACUUGGUUUCAACGGCAGCAUUUCAAUUGUCCAUUGUGUAAGUCAGUAUAUGUGACACGGCCGGACCGGAGUCUGGAAGUUCAACGAGCUGAAGUUAACGAGAGGCGUGACCCUGAGGUUGCGGGUUCCGAGCUCCAACAUGCUGAUAGGCUAUUCAGGCCAGUUCAUGUACUGGUGCCAGUUUGAAUUUGGGCCUAUCCUAUAUACGAUACAGCCGUAUGGCAUUUUGUAUGACCUUCUGGGCCCUACCGCGUUAAAUAUAUCACUUAUGGCUGAUAUUGGGCAUUUCGUCGCAGAAAAAGUGGCAAAUAUCCAUGCAUAACGUGCAUGAUAAGCGAAUGUCGCA